AUGAUCAUUGUAAAGGAUGCUCCGAAAAAUCGAAGAGUAGAAGAAAUUGGAAAAAGCGAUCUCAAACCUUAUCAUGCAAACACGAAAGACCCCUAUGUCACUGCAUAUUUGAAUUCUGGAGCUCUACCUCUGACGUUGGUGAUUGGUGAUGGCAAGGAGUAUAAUUCUGAAAAUGAAACAUACUUCAACCAACUUCUAGAACACAAUUCAAAUUAUAUUGUGUUCCUGAGAUUUUUUGAAAGUCAGGUACUGUACGUAUUUCCUCUUAUUUUCCAGUAGUUCUCGACUGGAGGCUGAUUGGAGGGAGGAGGUAAAUAGAGGCUGAGAGCUAAAUGGAUUUUAGCGUUUGUUAUACUUAACAUAGUGAUAAAUAUUUUAUACUCACGAUUCUUAGAAGAUGGCCUUUUAUUGCUGGGAUAUUUGUGACACUACCUCUUUGAGGAACAGAUAG